UAUUGGAAAUGUAGAGAAAUGGACCAUGCGCAGUACCGUUACAGUAAUUUAGCAGAAAAUUUCAAAAUAUAGUAGAUUUUAACUAAUUUCGACGAGCUGUUCCGCAAACAUGCCUGCUCCGCAAUAGUGACUCUACUAUACGAUGUUACAGAGAAUGUCUUAUAAAGAGUCAAAAAGAAAAAGAGCACAAACUUGUGUUAAGUAUGCCAAAUUGGUAUUGUCAAAUAAGAGUCUACGGAAUGAGAAUAGAAUGUUAAAAAAGGUAGUCAAUGAUUUUGAAAAUGUAUUCAGAACCAUUACUUGUCCAAAGUGCAAAGGACCCUUUUCUCAAAGAGGAUUCAUGAGUCCGCGAAUGUUAACAUGUGGGCACACCUCUUGUCAGAAUUGUUACAAGACCACAAAAACCACUGGAGUCAGUUGCCCAUUAUGUCAGAAAAUUACAACUGUAAAAAGUAAAAAACCACCAAUAAAUUUGUACCUUAUAGACAUGAUGGAAAAGAUAGGGAAAAUUAUAUUGACAACAAAGAAGAAAAGUAAACUAAUCAAUACCUCAAAGUCAUCCAGCGUCACAGAUGACCAGCUUAAAAAUAGAAAUGAACUUUCACCUCCAGCGAAAAUGGCAAAAUUUUCACAAUUAACACUAACUGGAUUGGAAAAUUUGGGAAACACCUGUUUCAUGAAUGCCUGCAUCCAAAUAAUGAAUGCGACUACCCCAUUUAGUUGUCUUUUUCUAGACGACAGCAUUGCCCAGUACAAAAGUAAAAUUUGUAAGGAAAGUUUGGUCGAAGAAUUUGGUAAGAUUGUCAGAUGCAUAAGAACACACAAAUAUGCAUUCAUAGCUCCAAGAAAUUUUAAGGUCCUAAUUUCCAGAUAUGGAUUUGAAUCUGAUUGUCAGCAUGAUUGUCAAGAAUUACUGACAUCUCUCCUGAACCAUUUCCAUGAUGAAUUUAAGGGUGAAAUUAAAAAUGAAACCCAAUGUAUUACAUGCACCAAAAAGUCCGUUGCUUCACAGGAGUUCUUCAUAUUGAAUUUGCCUAUUCCCAAUUCAACAAAAUGCUCUCUAAAUGAUUGUUUCAAAGAAUUCUUAAAAAUUGAAAGAUUAGGUAAAAGAAGCAAAUGGAAUUGUUCCUCGUGCAAUGCUCCAAGAGAAGCUGAAAUAAGAACAGAAUUAACUAAGAUGCCACCUAUUUUUAUUAUUGCCUUAAAUAGGUUUAAAUUUGGUUCGGGGUUGUGCAGAAAAAAUAACAACCUGGUAACGUUUCCACUAGACCUUUUUUUGCCAAGUGGUGCUGAAAAAAAAAAGAAGCAGUACCACCUCUAUGGUGUAAUAAACCAUUUUGGGAGCCUAAACCAAGGCCACUAUACAGCCUCUAUCUUUAAUGAUGGUGUUGACAAAUGGAUUAAUUUUGAUGACAAAGUGAUCCAUGAGAUGUCCAGCUUGGAUAUUGUGACCAAGUCAGCAUAUAUUUUAUUUUAUGCUUUAUUACCACUGGCAACCACUGAAAAGUAGUCUGAUCAGGGUCAUGUUAUUUCCAGUCUGCUCAGCCCCUGAUCUAGAUAGGCUGCCCUAUAAGCUAUUCCAGUUCUUUUUAAAGAAGUUCUUUGGAAUAACAUGAUGGAUGUUCAUUCCAGAUGUAAAGACCAGGACUAGUGUCUAUAAUAAUAGUCUAUAUAUCUAUGGCUUAGUCAAAACUCUAGAUCUAAGUCCCUAGGUCUAGAACUCUAGAUAUAAGCCUAAAUCUAGUUUUUAAGACUUUAUCUUUAUGUAAUGAUGUCACUAGAUUUAAUUUAGUCUUAUAUUUUAUCUAUUUUGUUUAUAUAAUAUAGAUCUAGAUUUUCUAGAUCUAGUUAAAAGACCAGAUAUACUCUAGACUCUACAUUUCAAUAGAUCCACUCGAUGCCACAUUUUGUUGAUAUUAGCAACGGAUAAAGCCUAUAUGUGUUGACUUGCUAUACAUUUAUUACAAAUAUAAUUAAAAUGAAUUAAAUUUCUUGAACAAUUACUUUUUUUUAUGAACUGUAAAUCCUCCUCUUUAAUUUGUAUGAAUCACUUUUACAUAAUACGUUUUUUAAAAAAUUAGGUUUAUUUUUGAAGACAUGACCCCUUAGAAAUAAAAAAUACUUACAGAUUUGUUACACAUUAACAUAUCAUUAACUUAAGGAUAUCAAUUAUUUUUAAAAUUUGUAAUAAAAGAAGGUAAAAAAACAAUAAAUAUUUAAUGGUAACAUCUUUUUGACCUAUCUCAGACAUUUUUCUUACAAAUUAUACGAUGUAGAUUUAAUAAAAUUCAUUUUUUAUAAUGACUCAUGUGUUGCUAAGGAGCUAUUUCACUCAUUCUAGCAAACUACAGGCAAAAUCUCUAUUUUAUGUGCCUUGUUCGGUUUAAAAUGGAUAACAUGUCAAUGCUUGUUUUUUAAAUAAAAUGUACACUCUUAAAGAAAAAUGGACAGGCAUUUUAAUGGCGACAUUAACUAAACAAGUACAUGUUUUUAUUGUAAAGAAUCUUAAAUUCAACUUUUUUCUUAUGUACUUAAUUAAGCCAUUUCCUUAUAUAGUACUCCCAGUGUUAAAAAUGUGACCAUUUGUCUAUACUCUGUAAAUCAUGUAAAAAAAAUUUUUUUUAUUGCCAUUCAAUAAUUGUUUUCAAUUUAAUGACAUUGAUGAUGAAGUUAUGUAUAAUUAGAUUGUUUUAAAUGUACCGGUAUUUUAAAAUUUCAAGCCUCUUUAAAAGCUAAACUUGAUCGGUUGAAAAUUUUUUAGAAAUAUUAAUUUGUAUAUAAUCCAUUACUUUCCUCAUUUUUGUCAUAAGCAGAGUUCUUUCUUAGUUUUCUAAAAAAUCUUUGGCAAUGAUUUACAUUUAUCAAAAUGUAUUUCUGAGCUGUAAUGUUUUUCUUUCAGUUAAUUUGAUCACAUUUCAGGAGGUUGAUAAGCUUAACCUUAUUUUAGGGCCUUUUUAUACAUUUAUUUGCCUAUCCAUUUAAUUUCAUUUGCAUCUUCACUGUAUUUCACCUAAGAAUAUAUCAGAUCCCUUUUUAGUCAGUAAGGCUUUUUUUUUUAUAGUAUGCAGUUAUGUUUGUAACCCUUUCAAGUAACUUCUUGUUAGUGUUACAAAAGGUUUUUCACUAAUAGGCUACAUGCAUUACCAGUACAAUAUCAUUUGCUGGAUAACAAUCUCAAUAGACACAAGCACAUUUAUCUAUUAUUUUGUAUUCAAACCCUGCCCACUCCAAUCCCAUGUCAUCCUGCUGUUCAACUUUGAAGGAACAUCAAAACAUGUUUUAUUUUGCUUCCUGACCCCAUUCCCUUUGAUCGAAAAUUGUAA